UCCAUUCUGGCUAGAGCUUCAACAUUCAAGCUGAUGUUUGGUCGGAUCCAGAAAGUCAUAUCAAAACCAUUAAUUCAUAAUUUUACACAACUUUUCUUAUUACAGAAUCCCCGAACAGUCACUUCUAAAAUGUCUUUCCAGUACCCACAUGCUUACCGUGACGAGGCAGUUGUGGAUGACUACCAUGGCAACAAGAUUCCGGACCCGUACAGUUGGCUGGAGGACCCAGACAGCGAGAAGACACAGGCUUUUGUCAAUGCUCAGAACCAGCUGACGCUGCCCUACCUGGAGCGCUGUGAGGUGCGGGACCUGUUCAAGGAGCGCAUGACAGAGCUCUACGACUACCCCAAAUACAGCUGCCCCUUCAAGAGGGGAAGCAGGUAUUUCCAUUUCUACAACACGGGCCUCCAGAACCAGAGUGUAAUGUAUGUUCAGGAGAGUCUAGAGGCAGAGCCCACGGUCUUCCUGGACCCAAACACUUUCUCUGAGGACGGGACUGUCGCUUUACGAGGCUAUGCAUUCUCAGAGGACGGCGAGUACCUGGCGUACGGCGCCAGCGCCAGCGGCUCUGACUGGGUGGAGAUGCGCUUCCUGCGGGUGGAGGGGGCCGUGGCCCUAAAGGACCGGCUGGAGAGGGUCAAGUUCAGCUGCAUGUCCUGGACCCAUGACGGCAAGGGCCUCUUCUACAACUCCUACCCCAAGCAGGAGGGCAAGAGCGACGGCACUGAGACGUCCACCAACCUGCACCAGAAGCUCUACUUCCACGUAUUGGGGACCCCCCAGUCCCAGGACUGCCUGUGUGCCGAGUUCCCCGACCACCCCAAGUGGAUGAGUGGGGUGGAGGUGUCAGAUGACGGGCGCUACGUACUGCUGUCCAUCAGGGAGGGCUGUGACCCGGUCAACCGGCUUUGGUACUGUGACCUUCAAACCACCCCUCAGGGUAUCACAGGCCUGUUGCCGUGGGUGAAGCUGAUAGAUAACUUUGACGCGGAGUACGAGUACGUGACCAACGAGGGCACGGUGUUCACCUUCAAGACCAACCUGGAGGCCCCACGCUACCGCCUCAUCAACAUCGACUUCGCCCAGCCCGCCCAGGCCAACUGGAAGGAGCUCAUCCCCCAGCACGACAAGGACGUCAUCGUGUUUGCCACCUGUACUUCCUCCAGUCUCCUCUUUGUGUGUUUCCUGCACGACGUGAAGAACGUGCUGAAGAUGUACCGUCUGAGCUCGGGGGACGAGCUCAGGACCUUCCCUCUGGACGUGGGCUCUGUGGUGGGCUUUACCGGACGCAAGAGAGACUCUGAGAUCUUUUAUUACUUUACCUCCUUUCUGUCGCCAGCCAUCAUCUACCACUGUGACCUGACCAAGGAGCCCCUGCAGCCCCACGUGUUCCGCGAGGUCACCGUCAAAGGCUUUGACCCCUCCGACUACCAAACCACUCAGGUAUUCUACCCCAGUAAGGACGGUACAGAGAUCCCCAUGUUCAUCAUCCAUAAGAAGGGCCUGAAGCUGGACGGCUCUCACCCUGCCUUCCUCUAUGGCUACGGAGGGUUCAACAUCUCCAUCACCCCCAGCUACAGUGUAUCACGGCUGAUCUUUGUCCGACACAUGGGAGGAGUCCUGGCUGUGUCCAACAUCAGAGGAGGGGGGGAGUAUGGAGAGACCUGGCACAAAGCGGGCAUGUUGGCCAACAAGCAAAAUUGCUUCACAGACUUCCAGUGUGCAGCAGAGUACCUCAUCAAGGAGGGCUACUCGUCCCCCUCCAAACUCACCAUCAACGGAGGCUCCAACGGGGGCCUGCUUGUAGCGGCGUGUGUGAACCAGCGGCCAGAGCUGUUUGGCUGUGCCGUGGCCCAGGUGGGCGUCAUGGACAUGCUCAAGUUCCACAAGUUCACCAUCGGCCACGCCUGGACCACUGACUUCGGCUGCUGUGAGGUCAAGGAGCAGUUUGACUGGCUCAUCAAGUACUCCCCGCUCCACAACAUCCGCGUGCCCGAGGGUGAGGGCAUCCAGUACCCCGCUGUCCUCCUCCUCACGGGUGACCACGAUGACCGCGUGGUCCCCCUGCACUCCCUAAAGUACAUUGCCACGCUGCAGCACGUGGUGGGCCGCUGGGCCGGCCAGAGCAAUCCGCUGUUCAUCCACGUGGACACUAAGUCGGGCCACGGCGCCGGCAAGCCCACCAGCAAGGUCAUCCAGGAGGUGGCCGACACGUACGCCUUCAUCGCCCGCUGCCUCAGCCUCUCCUGGGUCAAAUGAGGAGGAGGGGAGGGGGUGGUUCCCUGGAAGUCUGUUUCUAUGGGAAGUGUCUCUAUUGGUGUCUUGGAAGUUUCCUGGUCGUUCUCUUUAGUAUUGAUCACUAAUCUGUUUUUCCGCUCUUCUCCUUCCCUCUUCCUCAUCAUCGCUUGGUGCUCAUCUGCUAUGGACUGACUCAUUUGUUCCUGAGCAGUAAUCAAUCUCUUCCUACCUGUUUGUCUGGCCUGUUUCUCCUUCACGCUCCCCUUCUCUCUUUUUCACUCUCAGAUAUGUAUAAACCACCCCUCUCUCUCUCUUCCUGGUUCUCCCUUCCCUGUGUAGGCCUGUUUUGGACUGCUGGACUAUAGAGUUACCCUGUCUCCACCAGCCCCAGGAUUUACCCCCUGUCUCCACCCCUCACCUGACUCCCCCACCAAACCCCUCUACCCCCCAUGGUC